UUUGAGUUUGACAGUUGACAUUUUGUUUGCAAUUUUUUUGGGACUUUCGAUCGAAUUUAUCGAAUCUUAGAAUGUUAAAUAAUUACUUUUGCUCAAAAUAUCGGCUUCAUAGUUGACUAUAUUUGAAAUAAAAUGUGUUCUAAUGGAUUUCAAGUGUACAGUGAUUAAGAUAUCGUGCUCUAUGUAGAGUUUCGUAGAAAUGCGCAAGAAGCCAUACAUACAUCGUCACGUACCGUGCUAAUUUACCGUACAGUGGCAUGAAGUGCUAAUUUUAGUGUCCAAUCUUUAAAAUAAAUCAAAAUAGUGCUGAAUUAGUGUUAUUCUAGUGUUCCAAUUUACUGUAACAAAUUAUAGUUUCAAAUAAAAGCUUUAUCAGUUCAUAAUCAUACCUGUUUAGCCUAUUUUCUAAAAAAUUAAAUGAAAGGCACAGACCGCCGAGUGCAGGCUUUCUAAUAAGUAAAUAUGAAAUAAUUCCAAUAAUUUUAAUUCACUAAUAAAUAAGAAAAAUAUUUAUUUGAAAAUUAGUAAAAGCAAUUUUCGACCAUGUCUCUUGAAAUACAAAUAAAAAAGGAGCCUGUAGAUCCAGGAGAUACAGAAAACAGUGAGGAUCCAAACUCAAAUCUAGAACAGCCUGGAUCUACCAUCAAUCCAGAGUUUAUAAAUAAUUUUGUUGGAAUAAAACAAGAGGUUCCAGAAGUAGAAAUAAAAUUGGAGCCCCUUGAUCAGUGUGAUGAUGAUGAUGAUGUUGAUCUUAAAGAUGAUGUGGAUCCGGAGAGGGUGAUGAUGAAGUUGGAGCAUGAAAUGUAUGUUAGCAAUGAACCAUUGAAACUAAGUACUCCAAAACCGCCAAAACCGGCGAAACAGUACAAGAAAAAAGAUUCAGACGAUUCCGAUGAAGAUUAUUUGCCACACAUGAAAACUGUUAAGAGAGGUACCAAGAAAUUCAACAAACCUCAACCCAAUAUCAAAAGUUUGUUCAAAAGUCGACCAAAAUCUAACGACGAACAAACAUACUCUGAGGAGAUAACCAGCCAGAUAGACAUAGUGACCAUAGACGAGGAGGCACGUAAGAACGAGCAUAGUAUAGCUCUCAGCGCGCGCAAGCACAUGAACUACGUCUGCGAACACUGCGCCGUGGGCUUCGUCAUCGAGGAGGCGUACUCCAUGCAUCUGAAGAUACACGCCAAGGAAGCUGGUGAGCACGAGUGCGACAUUUGCACGGUGCGUCUGAAGACAACAGACAUGCUGUACCAGCACAAGCUGCGCCACUACCGACGCUACCGGUGCUCCAUAUGCGAGUUGCAGCAGCGGGACAAGGACACUGUUGCGGCACAUAUAAUGAGAGAGCACAUGGGCAUCGCGUUUGUAUGUCAGCACUGUGGGAGGGAUUUCAAGCGGCCGCAGUACCUCAGCCGACACGUCAAGCAGAUGCACACCAAGCCGCUGCACCUGGAGUGUCCCGUGUGCCAGCGCGUGUUCCACGAGCGCGGCUGGUACCGCUGUCACGUCAGGACGCACAACGAGCAAGUGCGCAACGGCAUCACGCGCAAGGUGGUGUGCUCGCACUGCGGGCGCCAGUUCCGCAACAAGCAGUACCUCAUCCGCCACCUGUCGGUGCACGAGGACCGCAACCCGCGCACGUGCGAGUUCUGCACGCGCACCUUCAAGAACGGCGAGGUGCUGCGCGUGCACCAGCGGCAGCACCACGGCGACAACCCUGUGCGGGAAUACGCAGCAAAUGAACAAAGAUUACUUAGGUACGGUGCAGACACGACGUGCAUAGUGUGCGCGCGCAUCCUGACCACGCCCGCCAUGCUGGCGCGACACAUGCAGCGCAUGCACACCGAGAGGAUCAAAAAGUUCCAGUGCGACUACUGCCAGCGGCUCUACUUCUCGAAGGCGGAGGUGCGCUCGCACAUCGAGUGGUCGCACCUGAAGUGGCGGCGCCACGCGUGCGCGUGCGGGCGCGUGUUCCGCUCGCCGGCGCUGCUGCGCGACCACGCGCUCGCGCGCCACCUCAACGUGCGCCAGCCGCGCGACAAGGCGUGCACCGUCUGCGGGAAGAUGUUUGCGAACCAGCAGGUCCUGACCCGCCACAUAAAGGGCCACUCGGGCGAGACCUACCCGUGUACGGAAUGCGGGCAGAAGUUCAAAACGCAGUCCUACGUCAAAGUGCACUACAAGAUAAAGCAUCUCAACAUGACACGAGCGCAAGUCAAAGCGGAGACGAAAAGGAAACUCAUCAUGGUGCACAGUGAAGAAGCGAUGAAUGCCAAGAUCAAGGUCAAUAAGAAAUCCAAAAUGGCCGCUACCGAGGAUCCGCUGAAUUUGGACAAUUUUGAAAAUGAUGAACCGGCUGUGGUGAAGAAAGAGGUGUUGGACGCUCCGGUGCCGCUGUUUGAAACGUUUGUGGAUAUACAGCGGGAGUGUUGAAGGAAUGUAUUGCUAAUGUUAUAAGUUAGUAGCAAUUCUAAAAACUUUGCAAUGAGUUGCAAAAACAACAAGUCCUCUAGAUGACCAUAGAUGCGCCGCCAUAGAGACAAGAUAAAGACAUCGCAAUCGGAUAUAUCAAUGUUGUCUUAUUGGCGCUGUCGAGUGGAUUAAAAACGAUCAUGCGCUUUUCAUGAUGACUUUCCGUAAAGUAAUUGAUUGUUUAAAUUAAAAAUUCCAAAUUUUUUAAAAAUAACAUACCAGACAUUGAACAUCGGCCCCAGGGACCCAGGGUCAUACUUUUAUACCCUCGUAUAAAAGUAUAUGGAGAUGAUAAUAUACUCAGAGGCACAAUUACCCGCUCUCUUUAAUAUGACGCGAGUAUAUUACAGUGGGCGGAUAAUUGUGCAUCUGAGUAUAUUACGAAAUAUAAAUAAUUUUCCUGUUACCAACUUAAGCUUAACAAACAAGCAAACGAACAAACAAACCUACCACAAGUCUUCAAAAAAUGUUGUAUUACUUAGGCUGUAUGGUCAUCAAUCUUUGCCUAUCUCCGUUGGGCAAAAUAAAGAUGAAUUAAAAAUAUCAUAAAAUGUUGUAGCAAUUUUUUUUAAUAGAAUUAUGUAAUUUAUUAAAGAGUAACUAAAGUAAAGUUUAUCAAGUUUUUUUAGAUAUAAGUAAAUCGCCUGAUAAGCCAUGGAGGGGGGCAUAAUUCCCCUUUAAAAAAAUUGAUUGAUGUAUAUGAAAUUGAAUGUUAGAAUUGUGAUUGGCUUUAUGGUCAUAGAGGAUACAUCUUUAGGAUUUUAAGACUAAAGCAAUAAAUAUUCACAAAAUAAAUAAGGUGGUCGUUAGCUUUUUGAUACUUUUGUUGAUAAUUACGAAUACAAAACUUAAACCGAAAUCCCAUAUGUACCCAACGGUGGUAUAUUAUCUAUAUUAUUAAAAAAAUAAAUAUCACGUUUGUCAAACGGUGAAGGAAAACAUCGCGAGGAAACCUGCAUAGCAGUGUGUGAAGUCUGCCAAUCCGCAUUGGGCCAGCGUGGUGGCCUAUUGGCCUAACCCCUCUCAUUCUGAGAGGAGACUCGAGCUCAGCAGUGGCACUAAUUGUGCCACUUGGUAAUCAAAUAAGCCGUUAAAUUAAUAAAAUAAUAAAAUUAAAGGUAUUUUACAUUAGCAAUGCAUUGGUUUUUUUGAUGACCUGUAACUUUUACUGCCAUAGAAAAAAAUAAAUGAAAUUAAGUGGGAAUUAUGGUAAUAAUUUACAGUGGAAUUCAUAAUGUUGUAGGGGCACCCCCAGGGCAUCGUUCUCCCACUGAAUGUCAAGUUCUCAAACAAAUGGAGGUUAAAAUCGAUACUCAGCGGCUGAAUGGUCCCCUGGAGGUACCCCAGUAUUAAAAUUAAAAUUCUACGAGUUUUCACAAAUCGGGUCGAUUAUGUCCUGUCGUUUCAUUAUUUUAUUUAUUGUGAUCAUAUUAUGUAUUAUUAUUUAAAUGUAUUAGAAAAUAUGAAAAUAUAUAAAUUUUGCAACAAGUAAAGUUGGGAAUAGAUUUUUUUAUAUUAUGAUUUCACUUGGAGUUAAUUGUAGUGUAUCGUAAAUAAAUUAUUUUUUAUGUAUCAUGAA